AUGGAAAGCAAGGAUUUGAAGAGUCUAAAAAUGUUGUCUUCAAGUAAGCGUUGGGGUAACAACCAACUUCCUAUACAAUUUAUGAAGGUAUGUAUAAGGGAUGAUACGGUUUUUAAAUAUUAUGAAGAUAUGGAUAGGUUAUCAAUAUAUUUUGCAAAGGCAACUUCCGGCGUUAUUAAAGAUUGUAGAGGACCAAAUGAUUACACCCUCGCUUCUUAUGACGGUGAUGACAAGAUAGUGUCAUUUGAAAUUUUUGAUGCAUCGAAUUUAUUGCGUUGCCACUUAUUUGAUACUUCAGAAAUGAUAGAUAAUAAACCACCACUCUCUCUAUAUCCCAUUUGUUAUGAAGAUCGCGAUGAGUUGGAGAUUCUUUUUAUUGGUUCUAAGCCUUCAUUUAUCACAUUCGAGAAAACUGAGGAUAUAGAUAUUGAAGUGGGAAUGGAUGACGAAAAUAAAAUUGUGACAUUAUUGUUUCACAAUGCAAGCAGCAGAUUGGCGAAAACAUUACCAGAGAAAGAGAGAGAAAAACUUGCAGAAGAAGUGAGGUUGAGUAUUGCAGAAUGGGAUCGUUUGUUAUUAGACAAGAAAGAUGAACAUAAACGAUUUAUUCAACAACGUCGUCAUGCCAACAAUGCCAACACUAAUAUCAACUGA